AUGUUGGAUCGGGACCUGGCGGUGUCGCUCCUUGGCCCGCCGGCGCAGCCCAUGAAGCAGGUCGGGGUGGCACCGCUGCCGUCGGCCACUGCGAAGCUGUACUGUGGCAUGCGGCAGCGGCACUGCAAGUGGGUGGCGGAGAUCUGCCUACCCAGGAACCGGACGCAGCUGUGGCUCGGCACCUUCGACCCCGCCGAGGACGCGGCACACCUCAACUUCCCAUCCCUCUGCCGCGGUGGGGCGCACAUCGCGGGCUUGCUCGACUCCUCCGUCGACGCCAAGCUCACCGCCAUCUCCCAGGGCCUCGCCGCCAUGUCGGUUUCCAAAUCGGCUGCCACCUGCCCAGAUUCGCCCAAGGCCUCGGCGUCCACGACCACAAUGGAGGGCGGCGAGUCGGUGCACUCCGCCGGCUCGGCUCCUCUCCAGGCGUUCCAAAAGCAACGGCAACAGCUGGUGCCGCUCUCGGAGAUGGCGAGCUUGGACAUCACGGAGGCGCCAUGGGACGAAUCGGCGGCCUUGCACCUCAACAAGUACCCGUCAUGGGAGAUCGAUUGGGACUCCAUCCUCUCGUGAUCAACCCAGCAAGCAGAUUGCUCAAUCACGCGCUGGGUCGAUGCGGGGCAUGGCAACAACAGCACAGGGAUGCCCGGCGGGGCGUGGUGACAGCAAGCGGGCUGGCAUUGCUGCACA